AUGAGUAUAAUUUUACUGUUAGUAGUCAUUGUGGGAUUCUUUAAAGCAGAGAACAACUCUACAUGUAAGAUUAUUGGGAACCCAGAGGUGCCUAUCUUGUCUAAGGAAGGAGAUGUUACUAUUGGUGGGGCUUUUUCCAUCUAUAGUCAAAUAUCAAUUCCCUCACUGUCUAAAUAUGAAACACCAGAGUCUUUCAGAUGCUCAAGGAUAAAUCUAAGAGAAUUCCGUUUUGUGCAAACAAUGUUAUUUGCCAUUGAAGAAAUUAACAACAGCAGCAUUUUACUACCGAAUGUUUCAAUUGGUUAUAAGGUUUUUGAUAGCUGUGGUUCCACACUACCUUCAACGCGUGCAGUAAUGGGUCUAAUAGAUGGAGUGGAAAACACUGGGGGUAAAAGCUGUUCUUCUGUCCAUGUUAUUAUUGGGGCCUCUGAAUCCUCUUCAACAAUUGCAAUGCAACAGAUUUCAGGGAUUUUCCAAAUACCUAUGAUCAGCCACUUUGCAACAUGUGCUUGUCUCAGUAACAGAAAGGAGUAUCCCUUUUUCUUCAGAACCAUUCCCAGUGACUACUAUCAGAGCAGAGCAAUGGCUAAACUAGUAAAGCACUUUGGAUGGACAUGGGUUGGAGCAAUAAGAAGUGAUAAUGAUUAUGGUAAUAAUGGUAUGGCCACUUUUAUUGAAGCUGCAAGUCAGGAGGGGAUUUGUGUUGAAUACUCCGAGACCAUCUCAAGGACUGGUUCCAGAGAACACAUUGAAAAGGCUGUUAGAGUAAUCCGAAGAGGUACAGCGAGUGUUUUAGUUGCAUUCCUGGCCCAAGGUGAAAUGGAUGUUUUGCUCGAGGAAGUUCUAAGACAAAAUGUAACUGGGUUGCAGUGGGUUGGUAGUGAAUCUUGGAUCACAGCAAAAUACUUAGCUAAGAAGAGGUACUCUGGUAUUUUAACUGGGUCACUGGGCUUCGCAAUAAGAAAAGCUAAAAUCCCAGGCUUACAAGAAUUUCUUUUGAAGGUUAACCCAAGUAAGGACCCACAGAGCAGUUUGCUAAGGGAGUUCUGGGAAACAACAUUUGACUGCAGAUUCCAGUCCAAUAUACCUGGCACAAAGUUAUGUUCUGGCUCCGAGAGACUUCAAGAUGCAGAUAAUGAGUUUACAAAUGUGUCAGAGCUGAGAAUAUCCAACAAUGUGUAUAAGGCUGUGUAUGCAGUGGCUCAUGCCUUGCAUAGAAUGUUGAUAUGUGGAUCAAAUGCUUACUCAGUGUCUCACUCAUGCAUCCUAAAAGAACAUGUAGAACCAAGAAAGGUUGCAAAACAACUCCAGAAUGUUAAUUUUACUCUUCCGUCUGGGGAGCAAAUGUAUUUUGAUGAAAAUGGUGACCCUGCAGCAACCUAUGAACUUGUGAACUGGCAAAAAAAUCAUGUAGGAGAUAUUGUCUUCAUGACUGUGGGGAAGUAUGAUGCUUCACAGCAAAAUUGGAACCAGCUUUCCAUGAACAACCUACAAAUAAUAUGGGCUAAAGAAUCCUUAGAGAUACCCCUGUCUGUUUGCAGUGAGAAUUGCCUGCCAGGUUUCCGACAGGCACCGAUCAAAGGAAAACCUAUCUGCUGUUUCUCCUGUGCCCCCUGUGCUGGUGGAGAGAUCAGCAAUAAAAGCAAUUCUGCGGAGUGUUCACAGUGUCCACUGGAGUACUGGUCGAAUGCCAAUCACAGCAAAUGUGUUCCAAAGGUGAUUGAGUUCCUUUCAUAUAAGGAGACUAUGGGGGCUGUCCUAGCUGCCUUCUCGUUAUGUGGAGCAAGUUUAACACUUAUAAUCCUGUGUAUCUUUCUAUGGUUCCGACACACACCUCUUGUCAAAGCCAGUAAUUCUGAGCUAAGCUUCCUGCUACUCUUCUCACUGACUCUGUGUUUCCUUUGCUCUCUGACCUUCAUUGGUCGGCCCACUGAGUGGUCCUGCAUGCUUCGACAUACAGCUUUUGGCAUAGCUUUUGCUCUGUGCAUCUCAUGUAUACUUGCUAAAACUAUAACUGUGGUGAUGGCCUUUAAAGCUAAAAGACCAGCAAAAACAAUCCCUCAGUGUUCAGCGCCUCUUCAGAGAACAAGUGUUCUCGGCUGUACUUUAAUUCAAGUGUUGAUUUGUGUGAUAUGGUUAGUUUUUGCCCCACCCUUUCCACAUAAGAACACAGUUUAUGCCAAUGAAAAGAUCAUUUUAGAGUGUGUUUUAGGUUCACCUAUAGCCUUUUGGGUUGUGAUGGCAUACAUUGGAUUUCUGGCUCUGCUUUGCUUCAUAUUUGCUUUUUUAGCACGCAAGUUACCUGAUAAUUUUAAUGAAGCCAAAUUCAUUACUUUUAGUAUGCUGAUAUUUAGUGCUGUAUGGCUCACAUUUAUCCCUGCAUAUGUCAGCUCUCCAGGUAAAUUUACUGUAGCUGUAGAGAUUUUUGCAAUGCUAGCUUCAAGCUUUGGGCUACUCUUUUGUAUAUUUGCACCAAAAUGUUACAUUUUACUUCUGAAACCUGAGAGAAACACAAAAAAAAACUUGAUGGGAAGAAAUUAG